GUUGGGAGAGCCGGUGGUGACGUGGGAGUGGAGCCCCUGUGCGGUGCCCAGCAUGGACAGUUACACGGUCCUGAGAGUGAUCGGGGAGGGCUCCUUUGGCAGAGCCCUUUUGGUUCAGCAGGAGAGCAGUAAUCAGAUGUUUGCCAUGAAAGAAAUAAGGCUUCCCAAGUCUUUCUCUGACACACAGAAUUCUAGGAAGGAGGCUGUUCUGUUAGCCAAAAUGAAACACCCCAAUAUUGUUGCCUUUAAGGAAUCAUUUGAAGCUGAAGGACAUCUGUAUAUUGUGAUGGAGUAUUGUGAUGGAGGGGACCUGAUGCAGAAGAUUAAACAUCAGAAAGGGAAGUUGUUUCCUGAAGAUAUGAUACUUAACUGGUUUACACAAAUGUGCCUUGGAGUAAAUCACAUUCACAAGAAACGUGUGUUACACAGAGAUAUCAAGUCCAAGAAUAUCUUCCUCACCCAAAAGGGAAAAGUAAAAUUGGGUGAUUUUGGAUCUGCCCGUCUUCUCUCCAGUCCCAUGGCGUUUGCUUGUACAUAUGUGGGAACACCUUAUUAUGUGCCCCCAGAGAUUUGGGAAAACAUGCCUUAUAACAAUAAAAGAGCUGAGAGGAGCUACAUGUACAUGCUGAAAGAAAGGCUGGUCAUUUCUGGGGACAGUGACAUCUGGUCCUUGGGAUGCAUUCUCUACGAACUCUGUACCCUUAAGCAUCCAUUUCAGGCAAAUAGUUGGAAAAGUCUUAUCCUCAAAAUUUGUCAGGGGUCCGUGAGCCCACUGCCAUCCCAUUAUUCCUAUGAACUCCAGCAUCUGAUCAAGCAGAUGUUUAAAAAGAAUCCCUCAUCUCGCCCUUCAGCUACAACUCUUCUCUCCAGAGGCUCUUUAGCUCAGCUCAUCCAGAAGUGCUUACCCCCAGAGAUCAUCACAGAAUAUGGUGAACAGGUAUUAGAAGAAACCAAAAAAUCUAUGCAUAGUACACCAAGAAAAAAGGACCCCGGCAGAAUCAGGAUAGCUUUGGAAAAUGAAGCAAGCACAGUGCAAAGGGAAGAACCAGGUGGAAAGUGUAGCCACACUGACUUAGAAAGCAUUAAUAAAAAUUCGGUUGAAAGUGCACUGAGGAGAGUAAACAGAGAAGAGAUAGCCAGUUCACCAGGUCCUCUCAGGCGACAGUGGGAGAAAAAUGUAUCCAGUACAGCUCUUACAGCUUUGGAAAAUGCAUCCUUACUCACCUCCAGUUUAAUGGCAGAGGACGAUAGAGGUGGUUCUGUAAUAAAGUACAGUGAAAAUAAUACCCGUAAGCAGUGGCUCAAAGAGACUCCUGAGACCUUGUUGAACAUUCUUAAGCAUGCUGACCUCAGCUUGGCAUUUCAAACAUACACAAUAUAUAGACCAGGUGCAGAAGGGUUCUUGAAAGGCCCCCUGUUUGAGGAAACAGAAGCAUCAGAUGAUGUUGAUGGAAGUCAUGAUUCUGUCAUUCUGGAUCCAGAGAGACUCGAACCUGGACUGGAUGAGGAGGAUACACCCCUGAUGACAUUUUUGAGGCGUACUGGUUAGAUGUUUGGUAAAAUGUCCCUCAAUUUGGGAUUGUCUGAUGUUUUUCUCACGAUGGGACCGAGUGUGAGUGUUUGACCAGCACAGACGUGAAGUGCCCUUCCCGAUACAUCCUGUCAGGGGUGUGCCAUCUCCUCACGACAUUACUGCUGUUGUUAACGUUGAUCUCUUGGCUCAGGCAGUGUCUGCCGGGGUCUCUGCUGUAAGUUCCUAAUUUUACAUUUCCAUGUUCUAGUCACUCUGAGACACUAAAUCCAGCCUAUUCUCAAGUGGAGAGGAUAUUGCCAGGUACUUGGCUUCCAUAAAUACUGUAUUUGAUACCUCUUAGACAUCUGAAAUCUUAGCACUGCCCCAGGGUGGAAACAUUUCCAAACCAACCAACACAGGGAACUUGAAACUAUGUAUAGUUACUGAGAGAUUGAACGAAUCCUGAUGGGAUGACAAAUCCUUUUGAAAGUCAGAUGGUUUGCAGGGUUUUGCUUAUAACAGAAAUUUCAAGAGAUUCUAAUGGAUGAUUAGAAACCAAUUUUAGUGAUAGAUUACUAUAUAAUUCUUGAGAUACAACUAGGCAAGAAUUGAGGGUCACUUUUAACAAAACUUCCAAUUCCAUUUACUUACACGAAUAAGGUUUUUCAGCACUUACAGCUUUAAAAAAAAGAGGUUUGAUGAAAUAAAAUUAUUUUUAAGACAGGACAAGAACAUUUUUUAAACAAAAUUUUCUCUCUGUUGGUUUCUACCACUACCCCUUUUUAGUGUGCAUUGUGCAUGUGCAUAUUAUACAUUAGCCAGACACCCUUAGAAGACACAGAAAUGCCUGCUCACCAAAAAACACAAAACAACAACACCCCCCCCCCCCCCACAAACAGCAAUUUUCUCUUGGUAUCAGCAAGGUAACUCCUCAGGGGAUAACAUUUCUUUCUUAAUCCUGUAAGGGGUCACGAUGACCCACUACUCACCUUGCUGGACUGUGUAAACUGUCAGUAUGUUACUCUGAUGUACAAUAUAACCUUUUGUCUUGAAAACUUACGUAAUUGUGCUUUGCGCGGAACAAUCCUCAGAGCUUUCUGAAAGACUGUCCCCUGGGUUAUAAUCCUCAGGUUGGCGCAAAUAAAAUUCUCCAUUUCUUUCUUA